AUGGCAGAAUCCCGUCCAGCAUCUGUUGUUACUAAAACCAGUACCAACAUGUUUGACGCCUCGUCCACUCCACGCAGCAUUGCAGAUGUUGGCAUUGAAAUGGAUGCACCUGAUGGUGUGAAAAGACUUGUUGGUGUGACCACAGAUUACCAGCAAAUCAAUAAUCAGGAUGAUCCUACCCCAGGUCCACAGGAAGGAAGUUCAGUGAUAGAGUCUGUCGGCAACAUUUUAGGAAGUCACCAUUCACGUUUGAUUUUUAUAAAUGGUCCCCAGAGGCAAAAGUUUUGCACAAAUAAAAUCAGUACUGCCAAGUACAGCCUGUUCACGUUCCUGCCAAAGUUUUUAUUUGAACAGUUUAGAAAGUAUGCUAACAUCUUCUUCUUGUUCAUCGCACUCUUACAGCAAAUCCCUAAUGUAUCCCCUACUGGUCGUUACACAACUGCGGUUCCACUGUUGCUGAUUUUAAUGGUAUCUGCCAUCAAAGAGAUUGUUGAGGACAUUAAGAGACACAGGGCUGAUGGCAUGGUAAACAACAUAGAAAUUUCUGUUCAUCGCCAUGGGAGAUGGCAAGAAGUCAAAUGGCAGGAUGUUGCUGUGGGGGAUAUUGUUAAAGUGGUAGACGGAGCACAUUUUCCAGCAGAUCUUAUACUUUUAUCAUCAAGUGAGCCUCAAGCCAUGUGCUAUAUAGAGACGUCCAAUCUGGAUGGAGAGACAAAUCUAAAAUUACGGCAGGGCAGUAGUGUGACAGCUUCUAUUGUCACUGGUGAAAGUUUGUCUGAGCUUCGAGGGGUCGUAGAAUGUGAGAACCCUAAUAGGUUUCUGUAUGAGUUUGUGGGCAACAUUAGAAUUGGUACUAAAAG